AUGGGAACUGCAAAUCUAAUGAAGUUUAUUGUUGGCGGCCAAGCAUUUGAGGCUCCUGAGGAUGCUUUAAAGACGUCCUUAUACUUUCGUAAACUGGCAAGCAACGUUCCUCAACCAGAUGCUAUUAUCGUUGGAGAAGAACUUAGUGGCUACUACUGGAUCGAUCGAGAUCCAGAAAUCUUUCGAGAUAUCUUACACUAUCUGAAGACUUUGGAGAUACAUUCGACGGAUGAGCACUACUUGAGAAUACUGCAAAACGAAGCUAGGUUCUAUGGCUUUGAUGAUUUGGUCAAGAGAAUCGAUCUAAUGCUAACAGAUACUGCUCUGUAUGACAAGUUAUUCAAGGAAACCUAUGAAUCAAAAGAAACCGGUUACCUUCCAGUGAAUUUUGAUACAGUCAAAUUCGAUACUACUUUAAACCAAACUCUUGUUCAGGCUUUUCGAUACCCUGCUUCUCAGGAUCACUACGAAGCAAAAAUUGUAAUCAAAAACUCAUAA